ACGAAGAAGCAAAUUCUGCAUCAACGAUAAAUGCACAAAAUGAAGAAAUUACUCGACUUGCUUUAAUUAACACACGAUACAAAAAAGAGGUUCAAAAAUUAAAUGAGAAAAUACAAAAACAAGCCACGCAAGAGAAGAAAAUGGCGUCAACGAUGAAUCAAGAAAUCACUCGACUUGAUUUAAUUAACACACAAUACAAAAAAGAGAUUCAACA